AUGCUUUGCGCCAUGUGCAGAUGCUCGGGUUACUGGCCAAAGCUAGCCAGACCCAUCCUUCGCAGGUCGCGUCCUUUCUGUUUGCAAAGCCGCGCAGUUGCCGCCGCAAUGCAGGAUGUCGGGGCUGAUUCACAAAGCUACCAACGUUUGGAUGUACCACCUGCGAAUGCCUCACAAGGUAGUGCAGAGAAGUUCGCAAGCUUGGUGUCGCAGGAGCUGGAAGCAGGAGCCACCGUGGAGCUGCUUCCCGUUUCAUCAGAGGCUGCGUGGCACCUCCUCAGGGCACUGUGCAUCGGAAAGAGAUCAGCCGAGUUCGAGGUUCACUUCGCGCCCCAGGAGGGAGAAGAAGACAACCGGUCUCUGCGUGUUUUAGCGCGGAGUGGGCCGGAAUGGGUGGAUGUCAGCAAAGACUGGUAUACCGGAUACUUUGUCAGCAAAUCGACGCAAGGAUGGAAGCUUGCCCGAAAGCUAGAGAUGGAUCUCCGAGAAAAAUCAGCUGUUGCCGUACAUACCUUCGUAGAUGCGCUCCCAGCAGCCCUGACAAUCCUCCAGGCCCUGGCAGCAGUGCCCGGUCUGGCUGCGAAGGACCAUGCCCUUGUUUGCACGGCUACUGCCGUGGACGGUGACUCCGCCACCCGCCUUAUCGUGCAUGCAUGCACUCCGAGGGCUUGGUUGGAUCCGCCCAAGAUGGCCGAGGGAAGUUUUAUAGCCUACCCUCCUGGGUCUGCUGCUUCUGAGGAGGACAAGAGGGUCUUCCGGAACACCGUCCAUGCAAGGCUGCAGCCAGGGAGCUGUGUAGUGAUGCAAUGCCGUGGUCAGCAUGCAGCCUGGCACGCCCUGGAAGCUCUCGCCCUGAAGGGCCUUGUCACUGCUGAGGUGGAGGUGCUCCUUUUGUUUCCUGAUGUCGUUUACUGCCAGAAAUUCGAAGCAAGGCGAGUUGGGUUGACUGGCAAAGUGGCGAAGCUGGCGGCAGAGCCAUUCAACUGA